CCCUACCUCACCAGUCCUUUAAAAGACAUUCCAUAUCCUCCCCAUGCGCAAGAGAGUUUCUUCGGCGGCCAUGUGGCGGCCGUCAACGAAAUGCCUCGCGGCGACAAUUUGCGCAAAUGGAUUGAUACCAUCCCGAAUUCUGGCUUUAUACAAUGGCGCGGUCCAUUCCAUGGGUUCCCGACGGUCAUGCUCACCACGAUUGAAGGCCUACAAGAAGCUCUCAUUGGGCACCCGUACGAUUUCGAGAAGGUCGCAUUGGAUCGCAUCUUUUUGGAAAAGUUCCUCGGCCGAGGGUUGAUCGUAGUUGAGGGCUCCGAGCAUAAAUUUCAGCGCAAACACCUUCAGCCUGCUUUCGCGGGGAGUCAGAUCAAAGGGCUCAUCCCUCUGUUCUGGUCUAAAUCUGGGGAAUUUGUGGAAGUACUUGCGAAUGAGCUACAUGGCACUGGAAACGCAGUGGAGAAGAAGAGUGGAGUCCUCGAAAUCGACGCUUUCGCCUCUCGAGUGACGAUAGACAUCAUUGGUAUGGCCUGUCUCGGCCGCGACCUCAAUGCUAUCCAUAAUUCAGGCGACAAAAUCGUCGAACAGUACGAUAAGAUCUUAACUCCGACGGACGGCAGCAAAUUACUGAUGCUCCUUGGCACCAUUCUUCUACCUCUGCAGGUCGCGAGGCGCCUGCCACCCCUCUCGCCCAUUUUACGCGACGUAAGGGAUGCUGCAGAUGGCAGGCACAAUCUGCGAAUUUUAUGUCGUCAGCUCAUGGAGACAAAACGUCGAGACAUGGAGACGCAGAACGAGAAGCACAUCGACAUCAUCUCCACUCUGAUUCGAUCCGGUAACUUCAAUGACGACCAACUUGUGGAUCAGAUCUUGACCUUUCUUGCUGCUGGACACGAAACAACUUCGAAUGCGUUUGUUUGGACGGCUUAUCUGCUAGCUGGCCAUCCCGAGGAGCAAGCGAAGCUUCGCGACGAACUCAAAGCUCGCUUUGGACACACCCCGCCUGAAAAGAUUUCUGACACGGAUCUUGAUGCGCUUCCAUACCUCAACGCCGUUGUCAGUGAACAAAUGCGGCUUUGGCCCGUCGUCCCACUCACCGGGCGAGGGGCCGCGCGCGAUACGACGCUGCUUGGCCGCUUCAUUCCGAAAGGCACAAUCGUUGCCAUGUGUCCGUGGGCGAUCAAUCGGAGCGAAAAGUUUUGGGGGAAAUCUGCCGCUUCUUUUGAGCCAUCGCGAUGGCUAGCUGAAGAUGGGACUGAGCUCCCACCGUCCAAGAGGAGCCCGCUCACCAUGCUCACCUUUCUUGCGGGACCUCGAUCAUGCAUUGGGCAAGCCUUUUCUCGCGCAGAGCUCAAAUGUUUGGUUAUCAGGUUUGUCAUGCGAUUCCACAUGGAAUUGGCUAACCCAGAUGAGACCAUGGAGACCGGCGGCAUGAUCACCAUCAAACCGAAACACGGGCUCAAGUUGCGUCUG